AUGCCGAGAACCGACAGCGUAUCGGCAAUCGGCUUUAUAAAUGACGGCACUGAUGCAGUAUUUCAACUCGACGAGACCGGCAACUUUGUCGAUGAGUCCGUUCUCCGGUUACAGCAGGAGGGUAUAUGGGCCUUGAUAGAAAACUUCGGUACUGCACAGCAAGACGAUAUCAAGGGACUAUUCAAAGUCGACAACGCAACUAGCGAGUUCACAUAUGUUGGCCAGGGAAAUUGGCAGUGGUCGUGUUGUAAUACUGUCGGAAGUCGGGGGGCGUUGGAUAUUUAUCUGGCGGAUCCGUCCGUGGACCUGACCCGAGGUGGUGCGUGGAUCUGCUCGAGUGCCCACAACUUGAGCGCCAACUACGGCGUGGUUGGAGAUUCGUAA